GAAUAAAAAAAACAGCACAGUCCGCACCGAUUUUUUCAUUUUCUCAUUCUCUCCGACAAUUGAAUUCUAGAGAGAGAAACUCAUAGAAAAAGAAAACCAAAGAAAAAAGUCUAGAGAGAGAAAGCAAUUAAAAAAUAGAAGAAAAAAAAAAGAAACAAAAACCAAGUUCAGCUCACCUUUACCAGACUCCAAAACAUGGACAUACACAUACUAUUACUCUUCGUUUUUAAGGUUUUUACGUUUCUUUUAAUUUUUUAAUCUCUCUCUAAAAAUAUUUUAAAAAAAUCCAUCAAAAAAAUUAGAUUCUCUAUGGAAAUGCCAGGUCGAAGAUCUAACAAUUACACACUUCUCAACCAGUAUCCCGACGACCAGCACCUCUCCACGGCGGCGGCGCCACCGCCGUACUACGAAUCAAGUGAUUCCAAAAGCAGCAGCAAUAAUAAUACUACUAAAUUAGUGAGUAAAGAUUGGGAGGCUAAUAGUAACAGACUCGGAAAUAUUAUGAGCGGAAAUUUGUUAUAUCCGUCGUCGUCGAUCGGAUUACAGCGGCAGUCGAGCGGCAGUAGUUUCGGAGAAAGUUCGUUAUCAGGUGAGUAUGUUUACGCGCCUAAUCUGUCAACGACGACAACUGCUACUGGAGGAGGAAAUAAUGAGAUGAUUGAUGCGGCGUCGUUUGGUGGCGGAUAUUCGCAUGAGGAUGGGAGUGGUAAUAUUAGAGUGAGAACUGUGGAUACGGGUAUGGGUAUGGGUAAUGGAUCGUCUGGGAAAAGCUGGGCGCAGCAAACGGAAGAGAGUUAUCAGUUACAGUUAGCUUUAGCAUUGAGAUUAUCUAGUGAAGCUACUUGUGCUGAUGAUCCGAAUUUUUUGGAUCCGGUUCCUGAUGAAUCUACGUUGCGCGGUGUUACUUCCGGCUCUAAUUCGCCCGAGGCAUUGUCUCAUCGGAUUUGGGUGAAUGGUUGCUUAUCAUACUUUGAUAAAAUUCCUGAUGGAUUUUACCUUAUUUAUGGAAUGGAUCCCUAUGUUUGGACUGUGUGUACUGAUUUGCAAGAGACUGGUCGUAUUCCAUCCAUUGAGUCAUUGAAGUCUGUCGAUCCUGCUGCUAAUUCUUCAUUGGAAGUGGUUUUAGUUGAUCGGCGCACUGAUUCAAGCUUAAAAGAACUCCAAAAUAGGGUUCAUGGCAUUUCAUGCAACUGUAUAACUACAAAAGAGGUAGUUGAUCAGCUAGCAAAGCUCGUCUGUAGUCGCAUGGGGGGUUCAUCCAUCAUGGGAGAAGAUUAUUUCACUAAUAUCUGGAGGGAAUGCAGUGAGGAUCUAAAAGAUUGCUUGGGAUCUGUUGUGGUUCCAAUAGGCAGCUUAUCUGUUGGUCUCUGCAGACAUCGAGCUUUACUAUUCAAGGUUCUCGCUGACACUAUUGAUUUGCCUUGUCGAAUAGCAAGAGGCUGUAAAUAUUGCAAAAGAGAUGAUGCUUCCUCAUGCCUUGUCCGGUUUGGGGUUGACAGGGAGUAUCUAGUUGACUUGAUAGGGAAGCCAGGUUGUCUAUGUGAACCUGAUUCCUUGCUCAAUGGUCCUUCUUCCAUCUCAAUUUCUUCACCAUUGCGCUUUCCUCGGAUGAAAUCAGCUGAACCUAAUGUUGAUUUCAGGUCUUUGGCUAAACAGUACUUCGCAGACUGUCAAUUGCUAAAUAUUGUAUUUGAUGAUGCUUCAGCAGGUAACAUUCAUGAUGGAGAAGCUUCUGGGUUCUCUAUGUAUGCUAAGCAGCAAAUUGAGAAGGUAGAUGCGGAUAGAAACAAUCUUGUAAACAACGCUACUGAAAUUUCUCAGUUGCCGCUGCCUAUGAAGGUUGCUCGAACUGGUGCGCAAGGAAAUAGUCACAUGAUUAAAUCAUAUAAUCUUGCCCAGGAUGUCAAACAGUCGACAAACAUGGGCAAAGAUCUGAUCCCAUUAAAGAACAUUCCAACUACCGGGCAUAGAGACCCACUUCUAUUAAUGCCUGAUCAUAGAGCGGACACUAGUAAAAGUUCAAAAAUUUCUGAUGGCAGUCAAGUGGUUUCUAGUAGGUCGAGUAAAGAAUUUUCACUUGAUGUUGAAGAUUUGGACAUCCCAUGGUGUGAUCUUAAUUUGAAAGAGAGAAUUGGAGCAGGUUCUUUUGGAACUGUUCACCGUGCUGAUUGGCAUGGCUCGGAUGUUGCUGUGAAAAUUCUCAUGGAGCAAGAUUUUCAUGCUGAACGAUUUAAGGAAUUUUUGAGGGAGGUGUCUAUAAUGAAACGCCUACGACAUCCAAAUAUAGUUCUUUUUAUGGGUGCAGUUACUCAGCCCCCAAACUUAUCCAUAGUGACAGAAUAUUUAUCUAGGGGUAGUUUGUAUAGGCUCUUGCAUAAGUCUGGGGCAAGGGAGGUACUGGAUGAAAGACGUCGGUUGAGUAUGGCGUAUGAUGUGGCAAAGGGCAUGAAUUAUCUACACAAACGCAAUCCUCCCAUAGUUCAUAGAGAUUUGAAAUCUCCUAAUCUUUUGGUUGACAAAAAAUAUACAGUCAAGGUGUGUGAUUUUGGGCUCUCUCGUCUGAAAGCAAACACGUUUCUUUCAUCAAAAUCAGCUGCAGGGACACCUGAGUGGAUGGCACCAGAAGUUCUUCGCGAUGAACCAUCAAAUGAAAAAUCAGAUGUAUACAGCUUUGGUGUAAUAUUGUGGGAAAUUGCGACGCUGCAACAACCUUGGGGCAAUUUAAAUCCUGCGCAGGUUGUAGCAGCUGUUGGAUUUAAGGGCAGGAGGCUUGAAAUUCCCCGAGAUUUAAAUCCCCACGUUGCUUCAAUUAUUGAGGCUUGUUGGGCUAAUGAGCCUUGGAAGCGUCCUUCCUUUGCCACUAUCAUGGAAACCUUGAGACCGUUGAUUAAAGCCCCGACACCUCCAACUGGACAUGCAGAUUUGCCUUUACUUACGUAAAUGUUCAAGCAUCAGCGGAAUCUUCUUUUGUACACAUAAUACGGCAUUCUUUUUGACAUUUAACAAAUGGCAGGGAUCACACUAUAUAGAUAGUCUCAGAAACCUUGUUGUACAUGUCUGUAGUCCUUGCCAAUUGAGAUCUCUAAUUUUUAGCACCACCUAAGGAACUGCACCAAUACUUGCAUUACCUGCCAACAAUUAUUGUCUGCUGUUAAUGGGAAGUUGUAUAAAGUCGUCUCUCAUAAUUUUGUAUGUAAUUUAUAACUUGAAUUAGCUUAAUGAGAAGCUAAUUCGUAUUGCAAUUAAAGAACUUGCAAUUUUUCAGUCGUUGUAAAAAAUAUUCGAUCCUCAAUUGUGGUGCAAUUAACCUGAAACAGCAAAAGCUGAGCUCGAAUCUAUUUUGCAGGUGAUAGAAGGCUGUGUAUUACUGUAAACUUGAUUUAAUUUUAACAGAAAAUUCAACCAUUAUUGAUCCUUGUUACUCUCAA